GCCGGGACGGCGGGGCUGCUGCUGCCCCUCAGCCCCCGGCCAUUGCGGCCUGCUGUCUGUCUGCGCCUGCUGCAGCCUCCUCGAUUAACAUGGAGCCAAACAGUUCAGAAGUACGCAGCAACAGCAGAAGGAAACAAGAUUGCCAAGGUCCUCAUUGCAAACAGAGGAGAAAUUGCCUGCCGGGUGAUGCGGACAGCCAGAAAAAUGGGCGUGCAGUCCGUGGCAGUGUACAGUGAAGCGGACAAGGGCUCCAUGCAUGUAGCCAUGGCAGAUGAGGCGUAUUCCAUUGGUCCAGCUGCCUCUCAGCAGAGCUACCUCUCCAUGGAGAAAAUCAUUCAAGUGGCCAAAAUGUCAGGAGCCCAGGCUAUUCAUCCCGGUUAUGGCUUUCUCUCAGAAAACACAGAGUUUGCAGAAUUAUGUAAACAUGAGGGAAUAAUUUUCAUAGGUCCUCCCUCAUCUGCUAUUAGAGACAUGGGUAUUAAGAGCACAUCGAAGACUAUAAUGUCUGCUGCUGGGGUUCCAGUUGUUGAAGGAUAUCAUGGUGAGGAUCAGUCGGACCGAUGCCUAAAAGAAAAUGCUGGAAGAAUUGGGUAUCCCGUAAUGAUUAAAGCAGUUCGUGGUGGGGGAGGAAAAGGCAUGAGAAUUGCUAAAUCAGAAAAAGAAUUUCAGGAACAAUUAGAAUCAGCCAGAAGAGAAGCCAAGAAGUCGUUCAAUGAUGACUCUAUGCUGAUUGAGAAGUUUGUGGACACUCCAAGGCACAUCGAAGUACAGGUGUUUGGUGAUCAAUACGGCAAUGCAGUGUAUUUGUUUGAAAGAGACUGUAGUGUGCAGAGAAGACAUCAGAAAAUCAUUGAAGAGGCCCCCGGGCCUGGAAUUGAACCAGAAGUAAGAAGAAAACUUGGAGAAGCAGCAGUCAAAGCUGCCAAAGCGGUAAACUACGUAGGAGCGGGAACUGUGGAGUUCAUCAUGGACUCCAAGCAUAAUUUCUACUUCAUGGAGAUGAACACCAGGUUGCAAGUGGAGCAUCCAGUCACCGAGAUGGUCACGGGGACUGAUUUAGUGGAAUGGCAGCUUAGGAUUGCAGCAGGAGAGAAGAUUCCCCUGAGCCAAGAAGAAAUUACAUUAAAGGGCCAUGCUUUCGAAGCUCGAAUUUAUGCAGAAGAUCCUGACAAUCAGUUCAUGCCCGGGGCUGGACCCCUGGUGCACUUGUCUACACCGGCACCAACCAACUCAGUCAGGAUAGAAACUGGAGUUAGGCAAGGCGAUGAAGUGUCCGUACACUAUGAUCCCAUGAUCGCCAAACUCGUCGUCUGGGCUGCGGACCGUCAGGCCGCAUUGAGGAAACUGAGGUACAGCCUGCGCCAGUACAAUAUCACAGGACUGAACACCAACAUCAAUUUCUUACUUAACCUGUCGGGCCACCCUGAGUUUGCGGCUGGAAAUGUGCACACCGAUUUCAUCCCACAACACUACAGUGAACUGUUUCCUCCUCAAACAGCGACCACCAGAGAUAUUUUAUGUCAGGCAGCUCUGGGCCUCAUCCUGAAGGAGAAAGCUGCGACAGAUGAUUUCAGAGUUCAUACGAAGGACCAGUUCUCCCCAUUUGCGUCCAGCAGCGGCAGAAGGUUAAAUGUCACUUAUAGCAGAAAUCUGACUCUCAGGGAUGGAAAAGAAGAUGUGGUCGUAGUUGUGAAUUACAACCGAGAUGGAUCCUAUAGCAUGCAGAUCGAAGACAAAACGUUUCAUGUUCAUGGAGACCUUCAUAAUGAGAGAGAUUGUACUUUCCUGAAAUGUUCUGUAAAUGGAAUUACUUGUAAAUCUAAAGUCAUCAUCACGGAAAACACCAUCUACCUCUUUUCAAUGAAAGGCAGUGCUCAGAUUGGCAUCCCAGUACCGAAAUACCUUUCUGGCGUGAGCACUUCAGCAGCUCAGGGAGGGGCCAUUGCACCGAUGACGGGGACGAUCGAAAAGGUAUUUGUGAAAGCUGGGGACAGAGUUCAGCCGGGAGACCCUCUGAUGGUCAUGAUAGCAAUGAAAAUGGAGCAUACCAUAAAGGCUCCCCAAAAAGGCACAAUAAGGAAGGUUUUCUACGAAGAAGGUUCUCAGGCCAACCGGCAUGCUCAGCUGGUGGAGUUUGUGGAGGAAGAAACAGAAAAAUCGGAAUAA